ACUGAAUAUCACUUUGGAAAUGGACAUGCUUUACUGGAAUUAUCGGAAAAGUUUCAUUUUACACGGGAAAAUGUGUUACAUGUUUGAAGAAAUAACUUGAAAUCGGCCAUUUUGAUUGCGUUGCCUUCGCUCAUAGUUCUAGCGAGUGACGUGAACAUCUUAUGACAAAGUACUUUUCCUAUUCCACUGAGCCAUGGAGCACGCUCAGAUCCAGAGCUCGGACGGUACGCAGGUGGUGACCAUAAAUGGGCAGCAGCUGCAGGUGCUGCAGAUGAACAACGCUGGCCCACACAUGAUCCAGGGGCCCAACGGGCAGCAGAUUGUGGUUCACGCUAUACCAACCACGGCACCUACUAUUCAGAUGGCGACACCCAAUGGACAGCAACUCCAGCAACUACAGGUCCUACCUCUGUCCAGUCUUCAAGGCACAAGUAGCAACAUGCAACCAAUGCAGCUGGUGCAAACAGCGGACGGACAAACAUUCAUUUACCAGCCGAGCGCCAGCGCUCCGCAGGCCGCCAUGGACCAGCAUCAGAUCAUCCAUCAACCUGCUGUUAUAAACUUAAAUGGCAAUCUGGUGCAAGUAGCGAAUGUCGGCAACGCGGUCCAGCAGCAACAAAUAGUCAACCAGCCCAAUAUCGUGAUGAUGGUAAACAACAACAACAACAGCGCCGGAGCCAGCACAUCAUCAGCCCCGUCGGAGAGCGCGGCAUCAGACGAGGAGCCGCUGCUGUACGUGAACGCGCGACAGUACAAGCGCAUCCUGAAGCGCCGCGUCGCACGAGCCAAGCUGCACGAGCAGGGCAAGAUACCCAAGGAGAGGCCGAAAUAUCUACACGAAUCCAGGCACAGGCACGCAAUGAAUCGGAUACGCGGCGAGGGUGGCAGGUUCCAUUCCGGCAGUAGGAAGUGUAGGAAUAUGGAGAUGGUGGAGCAGGGCUCGGAGGAGGAACACAAGCCUCUGGAAGAUAUCAAGCCGGAUACCGUAUCUAUCACCAUUAUUCAGGACGAAGAAUCCCAAGAACGCCAGCGGAGUCACUGGCGACGGCUCGCGCCUCACCAACCCGUGCCUUCUGCGUAGCAACCGACACACACA